UCUGAAUUCAUUCUCUCUAAACUACCUGGAGACUUUCCAAGAACUCAGGUUUUGUCGGACACAACUUGAACCCCCGAAAACUCCUCUCUCAGGCUUCACGGGAGACACCGUUGAAGUUGAAGGAUCCAUAGUUCUACCGGUCGAACUAGGAUCAGGUGAGAAGACCGUGUGGAAGAAGAUGCGGUUCAUCGUUGUAGACAUUAAGUGCGUCCACAACGCAAUUCUUAGAAGGUCAGGCAUCAAUAAAGUCGGGGCGGUGAUUUCCAUGGCUCAUCUAUGCAUGAAGUUCCACACUCCAGGUGGUGUGGGUGAGGUGAAGGGUGACCAAAGGAAUGCCCGGGAAUGCUAUGCCCGGGCAGUCAAGAAGAUGACCAAGGGGGUCAAUGUCAUCUCCCAAGAAGUCGCAAAGGGAGAGACCCGGGAAAAAUUAGAGCCCGAGGCCGAGACGGUGGAAAUCGAACUUCACCCGGGUGAUUCUUCGAGGAUGGUCAGAAUUGGAGCAAAUCUCCCCGAGGAUCUCAAGGCAGAGAUUACACGGGUCCUCCAAGAAUACGCGGGUAUAUUCGCAUGGAGCGUGGCGGAUAUGCCCGGAAUAGAUCGCUCUGUUAUCUGCCACCGGUUGGCCGUGAGGGAAGGAAGUCAACAGGUACGACAGAAGAAGCGGUACCUGGCCAGUGACCGGCGAGACUUCGUCAAGAAGGAAGUGAAGGACCUCCUCAGUGUUGACCUACCGGUCAACAAGCCCACUGAACAAUGGUGGGAGAUGGCCGUUGAUGGGGCAUCCGGUCCUAGAGGAUACGGAGGUGGUAUCGUGUUCACCACCCCAGAAGGGUUCAAGAUCUACCAUGCAAUCGUCUUCAACUUCAAGCUGACGAACAAUGAGGCAGAAUAUGAAGCUCUGGCUGGAGGGCUCAGACUUGCCCAAGCCCUGAAAAUCAGUCGGGUCAGUAUCAAAUUUGACUCUAGCCUGAUUGUUGGGAAAGUGACCGGUAACAUGGAAGAAAGGGAAGGAUGUUGAGUCCAAAAGAUUCUUUAUUUAAUCUCCACUAAAUCAGUAUUUUUAUGAGUUAAAAGGUGCAUUUUUACACUUAAAUGAUCAUAUUUGCAUCCUAGGCAUUAUUCACAAAAUAUAUUCAUAAUACACAUUUUUCGAGUAUAUUUAAAAUGUUAUUUCGUUGGAUCCAAUAUUUUUCUUGACAAGCUGUUUAGAUAUGUUGUUGGAGCUGAAAAACAUGGGCUGAAGAUUUUGCAAUGGGCCUCCGAAACAAUUUAGAAGAAAAGAAGAAAUAAGGUUGUUUUUG